CAGCGGGCCACCGGGCGGGGCGGCAGGCUCCGGGCCCCCGGGCGGGGCGGCAGGGCACCGGGCCCCCGGGCGGCGGAGCGGCAGGCACCGGGCCCCCGGGCGGAGCGGCAGGCACCGGGCCCCCGGGCGGAGCGGCAGGCACCGGGGCCCCCAGGCGGGAGCGGCAGGCACCGGGCCCCCAGGCGGGGCGACAGGCACCGGGCCCCCAGGCGGGGCGACAGGCACCGGGCCCCCAGGCGGGGCGACAGGCAUCGGGCCCCCAGGCGGGGCGACAGGCAUCGGGCCCCCAGGCGGGGCGACAGGCAUCGGGCCCCCAGGCGGAGCGGCGGGCGCCGGACCCCCAGGCGGAGCGACAGGUCUCGGGCCCUCAGGCGGAGCGGCGGGCGCCGGACCCCCAGGAGGAGCGACAGGUCUCGGGCCCUCAAGCGGAGUGGCAGGUGCCGGACCCCCAGGCGGAGCGACAGGUCUCGGGCCCUCAGGCGGAGCGACAGGUCUCGGGCCCCCAGGCGGGGCGGCAGGGGCGCCGGAUCCCCAGGCGGAGCGGCGGGCGCUGGACCCCCAAGCGGAGCAACAGGUCUCGGGCCCCCAGGCGGAGCGGCGGGCACCGAGACACCAGGCACGACAGUGGGCUCCGAGUCAACUGGUAUGACCGCCGGCACUGGGUCAGACAUUGGAUCGUCUGACCGGACAGCGGGCAUCGGGUCACCAGGCAUCAGGUCAUUUGGCUCG